GGAACGCGCCAGCAAGACUUUUCCCAAGCGCCGCGCCGGCGUAGCUACUAUUCCCCGUCGCAAGUUUCCCAGUUCGGACCGCUGCUUCGGCAUCUUUGUGAAAACAGAUAAUCAUGAGUUCUGUUUGGGUUGGUUCUAGAGGAACAAUUCAGGAUUUCGCCGGGUUCAAUGCUUCCAAAGAUGCAGAGGCGCUCAAAACAGCCAUGGAAGGACUGGGAACGGAUGAAACAACGGUGAUUGAGAUCCUGACAGGGAGAUCUAAUGCUCAACGGCAGCUGAUAGCUGAGGAGUUUAAAUCUUACACCGGGAAGGAGCUGAAAGAUGCUUUGAAGGAAGAUACCUCAGGUGAUUUUGGGCGUGCCCUAGUUGCUCUGGUCACGCCCCCUGCAGAAUUUGACGCUGAACAAAUUAACCGAACCGUCAGAGGCGUGGGAACUAAUGAGACGGCGCUGAUUGAGAUCGUGGCUUCCCGAAACAGCCAGCAAAUCAGAGAUAUAUCUCAGGUUUAUUAUAGAGUUUAUAGGUCCAUUAUGAGUGAGGACAUUGGAUGGGACACAUCUGGAGACUUCAAAAGAACUCUCUUGGCGUUGCUGGAUGCCAAAAGAGAUGAAAAUCCACAGGCCCAUGAAGAGGUAGCAAAGAGGGAUGCCCAGCUCCUAUAUACUGCCGGUGAGAAGAGAUGGGGAACAGAUGAGACCAAAUUCAUCGAGAUUCUGAGCACCAGCAGCAUUGCUCAACUCAAACUUACAUUUGAGGAGUACAAAAAACUUAGUGGACACCAGAUGGAGGACAGCGUGCUUAACGAAACAUCGGGCGAUUUUGCCGAACUCCUUUUGGCCGUAGUCAAGUGUGUAAAUAACGCUCCUGCCUUCUUUGCUGAAAAACUGCACAGAUCCAUAAAGGGACCUGGAACUGAUGAAGUCACAUUGACCAGAAUUCUAGUAUCUAGGUCAGAAAUUGAUCUUCUGGAUAUUCGACACGAAUACAAGAAUCUCUAUGGAGAGUCUCUGUAUUCUGCUAUUAGUUCAGAUACUUCUGGGGAUUAUCGACGCACCUUGCUCAAGAUUUGUGGUGGUGACGACUGAUGAGGCCCACUCCGGCUGGCAGCUCUUGUUUCCUGUUGCUUUCACCAGUUCAUGGAGCUUUUUAGAUAUAUUUAAGCAAGGGUGUGACUUGCCACUCCUCCUUUUAAUUAUUUUUUAGUUAGGUAUCAUAACAGACAGAUGUUUACUACACAGUAUCUUCAGGCACUGGAUGGCUCUGAUUUGAUUAUAUACUGUGGAUUUGGGAUGAAAUCUGCACUCACAAGCCAAUAAUCUGCCAGAAGUUAACCAACCCUGCAACAUUGGAAUCGGGAUGCAUACAACACAGUGUUUUAUGUACGUCCGGCGACUUGCUAGGACAACUGUGUCCUGAACUGAGCUUUUCUUGUGCUAUUCUUGAAUUGUUCUAGUGCUGUUUUUGCUGCCCAGCUUUACAUUUGCAGGGAACUCACAGCUACCUCAAAUGAUUUAUUUGUAUUCCAGAUCUGAAGUGCCUUAGGAAAGGAGUUGAAAUGCAUAGGGUUGUUUAAGAAGUAAUUUGGAAAAGUGCUAUGGACCACACGGGAACAUGAAUCUAGAACCCGCCAACUCUUUAAAGCAGCUGCAUUGAUGUCUCCCUGCAAUCUCUGGAAACACCUUUUUUGGAAUCAAAUCACAAAGAGACUGGCUAAAAUAGCAUCAGUGGCCCAUUUCUUUUGGUCACUUAGAGCAGGAGUCUCUAACCUUGGGGACUUCAACUCCCAAAAUUCCUCAGCCAGCCUGUCUGACUGAAGAAUUCUGGGAGUUGAAGUCCACAAGUCUUAAAGUUGCUAAGGUUGGAGCCCCUCCUGCCUUAAGAGGACCCAAAAUUAAACCAUAAACAUUUGCCUUUUAAAACAAAUAAUAAGAAUGGCCAAAACCUUUCCAAAGAAUCCACAAGGUAUCAGUGCUAAUAUUGCCAAAUUUCAGCCCUUUUUGCCAUGUUAUUUUAUUGAAACCCUAACGCAAAAUAGUUGUGAUGAUAGCCAACACUUGAAAAAGAUACUAAUUCAUGCUACAUAUGAACACAUUCGUGGUGAAGAUAAGCCAUUGAUGCCCUCAUCUGGGGAGGAGGAGGUCCUAGUUUUGAUCUAUGGCAGGGAUGUCAAACUCGAGGCACGGCAGAUGGAUAGGGCCGGCGGGGUGCUUAGAUCUGGCCCAUGGGACCAUCCUGGAAACAGCAGACUGUCCCGCGUUGCCUCUGCCAGUGAAAAUGGAGUUCGUGAGGGCC